UACUUCUAACAACUUUUCUCGUUCUCUCCAUUUCGCGUGCUGUUUUCUCAACUAUUUUUCCAAGCUGGUUCUCUUCGAUUUUAUUGAGCAUCUGAGGGAUCGGUGUUAUAAUUGGUGGUAUUCUGUUGAAACUGCUUCUAGUUCCGAUCCGGACUGUUCAACAAUGCUGUCUCCUUCGUUUGAAUGUGUCUCGGUCAAUUCCCAACCAACAGAAAGGGCAAAUUCGACCUACAUUCAGCCUCAACCAACAGCGCUCGCAGAAUACGUUAUUGGCGGCUUUCAACCCAACGCUGUGAGGGAGUAUGAAGUGUCUGAGUAUGUGGUGGGACAAGCUGGGAAUACUGCAAAUAACGACAACACAAGAACGGCAACAACAGCGGUCACAGAAAGCACAACAGCAGUCGCAACAACAACAGCGGUAGCUGUAGCUAUUCCAGUGCCUUCAACCAGCAAGCCUUCAACAAGGUUGGUAGAGAUCCUUUUCGUUUUAGGGGAUUUUCCUUAG